AAUAUGCAAAUUUUCCUAAAGUUUUAAACAUCCAUGUCUAAAGUUUUUAAAUGGAUAAAAAAUGAAUUAAAAAAUAAAAAUAAAAAGUGGGUGUAAAACUAAAAAAGGUUAUGAUUUGAAAUCUGUGAUUUCUCUUUCUUAUUUCUCUCUCUACAACGUUCCUUUUUCUCUCUCCCGCGAGCAGAAAGCACACAGACAUUGAAUUUGUUAAUGGAAGCUAUCAGAAAGCAAGCUACUCGUCUCCGCGAACAAGUUGCUAAGCAGCAGCAGGCUGUUUUCAAGCAAUUUGGUGGAGGAUAUAAUUCAGAUAAUUUGGUCACAGAUGAGGCAGAGCUUCAUCAACAUCAGAAACUUGAGAAGCUUUACAUAUCAACACGAGCUGCUAAGCAUUUUCAAAGAGAUAUCGUGCGUGGAGUUGAAGGUUAUAUUGUUACAGGAUCGAAGCAAGUUGAAAUUGGUACAAAGUUGUCUGAGGAUAGCAGGAAGUAUGGUGGUGAAAAUACAUGCACUAGUGGUAGCACAUUGUCCAAAGCAGCUGUUAGUUUUUCCCGAGCUCGUGCACAGAUGGAGAAGGAGCGCGGAAAUUUAUUAAAAGCUCUUGGUACACAGGUAGCGGAGCCCUUAAGAGCAAUGGUUAUGGGAGCUCCCUUAGAAGAUGCUCGGCAUCUUGCUCAACGAUAUGACCGAAUGCGACAAGAAGCUGAAGCUCAGGCAAUUGAAGUUUCUAAACGUCAGGCAAAAGUUAGAGAAGCAUCAGGAAAUCCAGAAAUCGUUAUGAAGUUGGAAGCUGCUGAGUCAAAGCUUCAUGACUUGAAAUCUAAUAUGGGGAUAUUGGGAAAGGAAGCUGCAUCUGCAAUGGCGGCUGUUGAGGGUCAGCAACAGAGAUUGACUCUUCAACGACUCAUUGCCAUGGUGGAAGCAGAACGUGCCUACCAUCAAAGAGCACUCCAGAUACUUGAACAGCUUGAAGGCGAGAUGAUAUCAGAGCGACAACGUAUAGAAGCUGCCCCCAGCCCAAGUAUUGAGAACAAUGUAUCACCACCUCCAGCUUAUGAAGAAGUUAAUGGUGGGUUUGCGUCUCAGGCUCAGAAUGGCACAACUGACAGCAUGGGUUAUUUCCUAGGAGAGGUCACAUGCCCAUACCAAGCAGAGUCCGACAUUGAGUUGAAUUUGUCAAUAGGGGAUUAUGUUGUUGUUCGAAAGGUAUCCAACAACGGCUGGGCUGAAGGUGAAAGCAAAGGCAAAGCCGGUUGGUUUCCUUACGGUUACAUUGAAAGAAGAGAACGCGUACUAGCAAGCAAGAUCGCCGAAGUUUUCUGAAAUCUACGUCUGGGUAGCUGAAACUGAUAAAGGUUUUGUUUGUAAUGUGUUUCAACUCUACAUCAAAGCCCAAAAUUCAUUGUUUGAUUGAUAUAUAAAUGGAACAAUUGCCGUAGGUUUACUGUAGUGUAUGAUGUAGCUAUCAUUUUUGUUUACUUUCUGAUCUCCCAAUUUUUUUUUUCUUUUACAUUUUGUGCAAUCUUAUAGAAGUAUAUGUCAUGUAUUGUCUACAUCGGAAGUGGGAGGGGGAAUGACUGAGGAUGUCAUGAAAGUGUGACUGAUACUUCAAAUUUUUAAUAUGCUAUUUUUGAUUUCUUUUGUUGGUUUA